UCGCUGCCGCCGCCGAGGAGCCGGGCAGGGCGGCGGGGCCGGAGCCGCGCCGGGAGUCGGCGGCCGCGCCGUCGGGGCCGCGCCGGAGCCUGCAUGGGGCGCUGAGCCGCCCCCCAAAUCCGCCCCCGACAAGCCCCAAAGCCUCCGCCGAGCUCCCCCCCCCCCCGCUACCGGCCCCGCCAUGGCCGAGGCUCCGCAGCUGGUGGACAUCGACCCCGACUUCGAGCCGCUGCCGCGGCCCCGCUCCUGCACCUGGCCCCUGCCGCGGCCGGACUUCAACCCCCCCAGCUCGGCCACCUCCAGCCCGGCUCCGUCCUGCGGCGGGGCAGGAGCAGGAGGAGCAGGAGCAGGAGGAGGAGGAGGUGGUGGAGGGCAGCCCGAGGGGGCGGCCGGCACCGCCGCAGCCGUCGCUGCCGCCGCCGCCGCCGCUGCCGCCGCCGCCUCGGGGGCGCUGGGCGCCGACUUCAUCAGCAACCUCAGCCUGCUGGAGGAGAGCGAGGACUUCGGGCCGCUGCCCCCCGCCGGCCCCCCGGAGGCUGCCGCCUGCCGCUGCGGGGACUUCCCGGCGCCCGAGGCCGGCUGCCGCCUCCACCCGCCGGGGCCGGUGCCGCCGGUGCCUCCGGUGCCCCCCGCGGCCGUGGCCGGGCUGUCGCCGGGCCCCGUGGCCGGGCAGCCCCGCAAGAGCAGCUCGUCCCGCCGCAACGCCUGGGGCAACCUGUCCUACGCCGACCUCAUCACCAAGGCCAUCGAGAGCUCCCCCGAGAAGCGGCUCACCCUCUCGCAGAUCUACGAGUGGAUGGUCAAGAGCGUCCCCUACUUCAAGGACAAGGGCGACAGCAACAGCUCGGCCGGCUGGAAGAAUUCAAUCCGUCACAACUUGUCUCUGCACAGCAAGUUCAUCAGAGUGCAGAAUGAGGGAACAGGGAAGAGUUCCUGGUGGAUGCUCAAUCCUGAAGGAGGAAAGAGUGGCAAGUCUCCGAGGAGGCGAGCGGCAUCCAUGGAUAACAACAGCAAGUUUGCAAAAAGCAGAGGCAGAGCUGCCAAGAAAAAAGCAUCCCUUCAGUCUGGUCAAGAAGGAAAUGGUGACAGUCCUGGAUCGCAGUUCUCGAAGUGGCCUGCAAGCCCCAGCUCGCACAGCAACGAUGACUUUGAUAACUGGAGUACAUUUCGACCUAGAACUAGCUCUAACGCUAGUACAAUUAGUGGAAGACUUUCUCCUAUUUUGCCAGAGCAAGAUGAUCUUGGAGACGGGGAUGUGCACUCCAUGGUAUACCCAUCAUCAGCCACCAAAAUGACUUCUACUUUACCCAGCCUUUCAGAGAUGAGUAAUUCAGAGAACAUGGAAAAUCUUUUGGAUAACCUUAAUCUUUUGUCACCUAAUACGUCAAUGACUGUGUCAACCCAGUCUUCAUCUGCUACCCUGAUGCAGCAAACACCAGGUUACUCAUUUGCAUCCUCGACCACAAGUAUAGGUUCACCAAAUCCAGACUACAGGAAAUUUACGUAUGCUCAAGCUAGCAUGAACUCUUUGCCCCAAAUUCCUAUGCAGACUCUUCAAGACAGUAAAUCAAGCUAUGGAUCGAUGAGCCAAUAUAACUGUCCUGCAGGACUUCUGAAGGAGUUACUGACUUCUGAUUCUCCUCCGCACAACGAUAUCUUGGCAUCAGUAGACACUGGUGUUUCCCAGGCUGGUGGCAGGGCGCUGGGCCAAGGUGUGCUGAUGGUCACUAACUCGGUGAUGCCAGCUUAUGGCAGUCAGCCACCCCACAACAAAAUGAUGAACCCUAACACCCGCCCUCACCAAGGACAUAACCAGCCAACACCUGCAGUUAAUGGUCGUGCCUUGUCACACACAGUGAACCCCAUGUCACAUACUUCAGGUCUAAAUCGCUUGUCGACAGUGAAGACUUCUUUACAAGUGCCUAUGAGUCAUCCAAUGCAGAUGAAUGCUAUGAACCCAUAUGCCCCUGUUAACAGUUGCAACGGCUAUGGAAGGGUGGGAAUCGUUUCCCUCCACCAGGAGAAGCUUCCCAGUGACUUAGAUGACAUGUUAAUUGAACGGUUGGACUGUGACAUGGAGUCAAUUAUUCGUAAUGACCUUAUGGAUGGAGAAACGUUAGAUUUUAACUUUGACAGUGUAUUGCCUAACCAAAGUUUUCAGCACAGCGUAAAGACAACCACACACAGUUGGGUGUCAGGCUAGGAUGUAGUAGGAGGCUACGGUUAAAUUCUCCAGACUUGUCUGACAGCAGGAACUGAGAAAAGCAGUACAAAGAUGUCCUUCACCUUCCUUUUUAAUUUUCUUGACAGAGCUGUGCGCAUGCACUAGCUUUUUUUUGUGUCCUUUUUUUUCUCUUUUUCUUCCUUUCGUCAGAGUUGGCAGCAGACAGAGUAUUUUCCUGUACAGGAUGUUUGCCCAAGGUUUGCAGGUUAUGUGCUGCUGUAGAUAAGAACUGUGCCAUUGGAAAUUUCAUUACUCUGAAGUGCCAAAUUCACUACACCAUAUAAUCACAGCAAAGACUCUUACUUACAUCAUGUUGUGCUUUCGGUUUUGUACAGUAUGAUCUGUAGAAGAAGAAUUGUUUUUUAAGACUAUCUGUUUUGGUCCAAGAAAAGUUUAUAAACUUUUGUAAGAAUACUGUGAUGAUCUCAUGCCCUAAGUAAGUUUAACCUUCAUUGAUGUUACCUGUGUUCUGAUGAAUUGAGAUAACUGUGGACUUGCCUUGCAGCAGUAUGAACUGCUUUAUUUUACUUAAAAUUGCCACACAUUUCAUAUGGGAACAGAACAGCCUGUUAAUAUGAUCCUAAUAAACUCACUGACUAUUCACAACAAACAGUAGGUUAAAUGCCAUUUGGUAAGUUACCUGUAUUCAUGUAAAUUUAUGCAAGAAUAUAUCUGGAUUUCAUUGUCAGACUAAUGACUUUGUUGUUGGAUUUAAGAUAAUUUUUGGAAUACUUUCCAAGCUAUUUUUCUUAUAAUUAAAAUCUACUUUUGUUACAUAGGCAACUUAAAAAAAAUAAUUCUGAGAUCGGGCAGCAUUCAUAACCUAUUCAUUUUGUACAGUAUUUUAACUGGAUUAAGUACAUGUUUUUAUAAAUUUCCCUAGCACUUGGGAGUGCUAAUAAAGGAAAAGCUUAAUAAGUAUCUUGAAUACAAAACAUUUCUGUCCCUUUUUUGUUGUGUGAUGUAUAAAUAUAGACAACUUUAUGUUUAGGAAAUAUUUAAUCAGUUUUAUAUAUGCAUUUUUAGAAAUGUCAUCUGCUUCUACUAUCAUUUUAACUCUGACUACCACAAAGUGUUAAGUAUUCAUUGUUAGGUGCUUGUACAAUGCUUCUCAUUUAUAUUUAUUUCAUGGAGGUCUCAUAAUGUUUGUACACUCAAGAGCAGCACCAUUUCGAGAAAAUUCAUAAUUUUAGUAAAAUUAAUGACAAAAUUGCCAUUUUUAUUAAUUAGCACUAGUUCUAGUGUUGGUGUUUCUUUUGACAAGUGGUAUGUUUAAGGCAGCAAAAGUACUGCUUUUGAAUGGAAGUCUAAAAUUUGUGUUGCCCCCUGUUCCAGGAGAAAAAAAUAUUAUUAUUAUUUUUUUGAGUAAGAAAGAAAAAGUAGGUCGAAAAUACAAGAACUUUAGAGAGAGCAUUAAUGGUAGAGGCCUUGUUCCUGUGGAAACACUUGCCCUUGUUUGAGUAGGCACAUUGACCAGAGCAUUUUCAGGGUUGCAUCUUGGAUAAGUGAUUUCUGACUUUUUUGCAAUUAAAUGAUGCAGUUUUCAAGGAUGUGUGGAGUAUGGGCCUCACCUGUCUUUCCAUUGUUUGGUACAUUUGUGUUAGAGAAAUCUUUGGAGCCGAUGGGAUGAACAUUAACAGUUUUUGUGCUAGGGCUGGCUGUUGUGAAGCAGGGGAAUAAAAUUUUUUCACUGAUUUUUGUUUUAUCUAUGUACCCCACAACUGGAAAAUGUUCUAACUUAAACUCUUCUUUCCUGUAGUGAUGGAGUAUGGUGGAGAAAGAAAUGGGAUGUGCCAAGAAAAUGAAGUUUAGCAACAAGCCAUAUAUUUAAUGAUCCUGUUAUGACUUUCCUAAAACUCUUCAAUAUAUCUAUUGAUGUGCUAGCAUUUAGCUCCCUGUCAGGCUUAAAUCACUACUAAUUACAGCUGGUCUGAAUUUUUAGAUAUCUUAUUACAGUUGUCAGCAAUUCCAGAGGCUGAUGUUAGGCUGUCUUGUGAUAUAGGAUCUCCCCCAGUGUGGCAGAGGUCUUUGAACUUCUCUUGAGCAAAAGAAAUGUUCGUAGUGCUGAAGCCUCAAUGAAGCAUCGUGCUUUUACAGCAAAUCUCUCUAAUAGCAUCUCCACCAUCAACUUUGUAGUCUCUGAGACUCGAUGGUAAAUCCUGGCAAUGGAACAAGCAGAGGGCUCACAAGUAGGUUUCUGGAGACCAUUCUUUCUGCUACAUGUGCAAAAAUGUUUGCUCCCACAUGGGCACUGAUACACAUAGGCCAACAUAGUCACAAAAUUCACCUUUGUGUGCCAAGAAAGCAGCACCUAAUGCUAAUACUCCAUGGGGUUGCAGCUGAACAUGCUACAUUUAACAAUAUACCUCCUGUUUAUUAUUUACUGCUACUGUAUAAAUUCCUGCAUACAGAUAUUUUCUUUAUUUCCUUUUAUAACUAUGAAAAACAUAAAUGUAGCCGUUCCUAAGUUACAACAGUCUGUAGGAAGCCCCUUUUAAUUACUGACAGAAAACAGUUGUAGAUAAUCAGAGGUUUUGGGUUGUGUGGUCAAAUUUAUUUUCUUUUGUGUGGUGCCAUUCUAAUAUUUUGCAAUUGUAAUUCUGAAUACUGUGAAGUCUGAUGAAGGGCAUAUUGUCUGCCUUGAAAAAAAACAUUAUGUGACCUCUAGUAAUAAAUCCUUUUCCAGUAAAAGUACCAAGUUUCUGGAGUAACUUAGUUUGUCAGAAUUGUUGUAAAUGAUUGGUUUGUGAAUUGUGCGGAUGAUCUUACCUAUGCAGCCUUGUUUUUGACUUUUCUCUGGUUUGUACUGUUAUUAAAAGUUUAUUGUAUUAUAGAGCUGUUCAGAUAUUUUAAAUAUAAAGAUGUAUUGUUUCCAUAAUAUAGCUAUAUGAUAUAUGUUUAGGUAGUAGAUGCAUUAAUUGGAAAGCUCUGCUUUGAUAAACUGACAAUUUGCCUACACUUAUAAGCAAAAUUCGUAUUGCUUAUUAUUGGCUUAAGUCAACAGAGCAUCCCUAAGAAGAGAAGAUAAAAUUGGACCAAUUAUAAAACAGUAUAAAAUUUGCACUUGUUAAACCACUGGAUGUAUGUUAGUACUUUUUUAUUUUUUUACUGAUUUGAAAUUCCUAUUUUCAUUAUGAAAUUGCUAGGAUCCUUAAUUUAUGACUGAUUUUAAAUAAGGUAUUCUCAUUGUUAUUAUUUUUUUUUUUUUGGUAAUCAUAAUGUAAAAUGCAGCAUGGUUUAUGCAAACAAAAAACAAAUUACUUGGCAUUAAAACUGGCCUCCUUUUUGAGGGUGUUCCACAAACCAGCAAUAUCAUGAAAGAUUGGCAUGUACAUACUGCUAGCUCUACAUGCGAGUGGUGUGACAGCUCUUCAACGCUUCACUGCUCUGACUUAGUCACAUUGCAGAAUUAAAAUUCAGUUACGUGGAUAUUUUCAGAAAAGUGCCUGAUGUACUUUUACAGACACAUGAGAACAAUCCCUGACAGUUUGUUGUAUAAAGCCAUAAAUGUAUAUAAAUUAUGUUUAAAAGGUUUUGUGUCCUUUCUUGUAUACGGAGAAUGAGAUUUGUACCGGGAUUCUACUUGUGAUUAGUAAUCCUUCUGCUCAGAUGUUGUUGUAAUCACUUUCCUUACCACGUAAUCUUUUUAAUGAUGAUGAUCCCAUUUGGACAAUCCUGAUGGCAUUAGCAAUUUUAUACGGAAAAAUACCUCAUGGUACCAAGUCUUGUGUCUGGCAAGAUGAUACCAUAUUAACAAGCAAACACUAACUGCAGAAUAGUUAAACAAAAUUUCCAUUACUUGGUAUAAAGGAAUUUGUCUUGGAAUUACUGCUGGAAUUGGAAGUGUAGCAGGUACAGGAACCUCAUAGGGCUGCGUUACAAGUGUUUUAUCACAACAUAGAGUGCUAAAAGUAACUUGUUUACAAGUCGUUGAGACUAAACGCAAGAAGAAUCCAUGCCUGACUCUUAGAGCUCAUGAGAGAUUUUGUGUAGAGGCACUUUGUUACUGGACGCCGCGUUAUACAGCCUCAGACCUUGUUGCCAGUGCUUCAACAAGCCUAGUUCAGAGAAAAUUACAAAAAAAAAAAGAAGCCCUGAAAUCCUUUCAGAAUGGGUAUUUGUAAGUAUAAGCUCUUAAUAAAAUUGCUAUGACAUGAGAUGGUAAUUAGUGUAUCAGAAUGUUAUGUAAUACAUUGUUAAAGAAAAAAUAAGGGCGGGGGGGGUGACAUGACACUACCAUCCAUCAAACCACAGGAAAGAAUUAGUCUUUUAGUCCAAAUUACAUGUUAGAUCCUAAUGCUACUAAAUGUGGGAGGGAGCUGUCUCUGGAGAGACAUUUUUCUCUUCCCUCUGCUCAUAUUAAAGUUUGACGCUUCACAAAGGCCUCUUAGCCCUCUUUUCCCUCCUUUUCACCUCUUGCCUUCCCCUGUCCCUCCUUCCUUUCCAAAUUACGUACUUUCCCUAGAAGUAAGAGUUUCUUUGCCGAGCAUUUGCUCUAUGUAGGCCAACCUGCACGCUGCUGCUCCUUUUGCAGCCGUGUUUUACGCUGCAGGAGUGCUGAUGUGAGCAGAGAGAGCAAGAACGUCUAAAUUUUUUUUUUUUUAAUUUAGAUUGUGUUUCAAAACAGAGCUGGAAGAAAGGAGGAGAGGCUGCCAAAACAGACAGCCAAUAACACCCACGCCACAAUAGUCUUGUGAGGCCCAGAUCCCAGCUUGCCUGCAGGUGGGGAGGGAGAGGGGUGGUGGAGAGCAGGGUUCUAAUGAAUUGCUGGCAAAAAUGCCAGUUUGAUCUUAAAGUGAGCAGAGGUAGAACUAAAAAGGGUGAAAGAAUGCAAGAGUAUCAUUGCACAUAAAACCAGAAAGACCUUAAGAUAUUUUAAAAGUAAAUUUUCCUUGUAUUUUACAUCUUUAUUUUAGCUCUGCCUCUUUUUCUUUGGUAUAUGUUUUGGAGGGUUUUUUGCACGUUGGGGAAAAACAAGAAGCUGAGGGUACCUUCACUGACAUUUUGAAAAGCAUCACUUCUGGAAUGGGAGGGUAGUUAAGAUCCAAAGAUACUCCGUCUGGUCUGCGUGUUUGUGAAGCCGUUGUUGGAAAGGAUGUGCAUCUAAUUGGUACAUGAGUAGUUACUGCUGUCGGGAGAGAUAGUCAAAGCUUGUCUCUUGGGAAGGGACCGGUGAGCAAUUUAUGCCAAUCUGGCAAAGAGGGAUUUGAAUUUGCUGAUCAAGCAUAGAAACCUCAAAGCAUCCUUGUGCUCUGAGUCAGUCCUGCAUCAAGGUAAUAAACAUGUUUUUGUGCAGAAACAUCAGCUAUUAUGUCAUGUCAAUUGAUAAUGCAAUUAAAAGUACAAAUAGCUGUAGGUGUUGCAGCCAGUUAUUGUUCAGCUGGUGUGUGAAGAUGGGUUUUGUGAAGAUCCUGAGAAGGAAAAACUUGCACCAAGCAGUGCCUGUGGUCAUGACCACUGGUGGAAUUGCAUGCAAAUCCCUGUUCAUUACCUGCUGAUGUUUUUGCCCGGGGUAAUGUUCUGGCAUGUGCCAGAAUGACAGCUAAAAUGAGGAGGCAGUGGCAGCGCCCCAUCCUAUUUUAUUUUAUGUUUUUCUGCUUGCUGUUGGACCCUGGGGCGUUCAGAAAUUUUGCAUGUGUUGUUUUGCGAGUAAACUUCUUGUGUGGGUGUUUAUCACUGAGAUGGUGGGAAAAGGGAUAAGGGCUUUGUGCAGUGCAUCUGGAGGAAGCUUCUGAUGGGCAUAGGGCCGUGGAGUGAAGAAUCAGACAAAGAGCCUGUUCAUAACUUGGAGCCUCAACAUCUUACAUCCUUGCUGUGCGCUCAUCAAUAGCUGCUGUUGCUAUCCUUAAAUGCAGAGGCCUUCACAAACGGUUGUAUUUCCUUCUCAGUGCCCUAGAGUGACAUUACCUGAACAGGCAACUGCACAGAGCAUGCACAAGAGCUUUGCUGCAUUCCCAGGGAAAUAUGGAGUUUGGCAGGGAUACGUAAAUUGUUUACGAAGUAUUCAGUUGCCUUCAAUUUUGCUGUAGCCAGAGGAUUGCAGCUCAACAUAAAAAAAAUAAAUAAAAAAUCACAGAAGUGCAUGUACAUGAAUUGCAAAGGAGUGGGGGGUUGAGAAUUUUUGCAAGUGUUCUAAGCUCUUUCCUGGCUGACGGAACAGGGAAAGUGAUUGUUUCAAAGGGGAGAGGAGGCUGGAUUUCUCUGGGGUGAAGGGCUCAAACCUAGAAAAGAGCUUAAUUUCUAUUUCUUUUUGAAGUUGUGUCCAGUAGCAGCCACACACUGCACAACGUCCUGGGCCAAUGUGUUGCUUGGGACUUUCUGACCAGGUGAAAACAAAUGAUGAGCUGUGAAACCCUCUGAGAGCUGGAGUCUCAUUUCAGGAGUCCAAAUAAGUUACCACUUCCUGCUCCUCCCUUUCUACCCCCUUCACCCCAACAAGUUAGAGGAGUAUUUUUUUUUCCUUCCUUCCCCUGCUUAGAGCAGUUCAGCUAUGCAAGACCUCAGGCCCUUCUUUCAGCCUCAACCAUGAUGGCUGACCUGCCGUAAGGCGGUUCUUUGCCCUCUCCUCCUCCUUCAACCUCCUUGACAGAGCUAUCAAAUUAACAGCCAAAUGAGCCCCAAAGCCAAGGUCGAUUCACUCCACAGGUGACUCCAGGAGCCCUUUGAGGUGAGACAUCUUGUCCCACCCACCACGGGCCGUCUCCCACGCUGCCUCAGUGUGCUUUAACCCUUGCACUGAGCCUUGGUCUGUGCAGUGGGGCUUUCACUGGAGGGUUUUCAGAGCUGGGUUUCUGCGGGCCCUCUCUUCCAGAGGACGGCCACAAAGAUGAUCAAGGGGCUGGAGCACCUCUCAUACAAAGAAAGGUUGAGAGGGCUGGGGGUGUUCAACCUGGAGAAGAGAAGGCUUCGGGGUCACCUCAUUGUGGCCUUUCAGUACUUAAAGGGGACUUACAGAGACGUAAGGGGGGGGACUGGUUUUAAGCUAAAAGAGGGGAGAUUUAGAUUAGAGGUUAGGAGGAAAUUCUUCACUCAGAGGGUGGUGAGGCACUGGAGCAGGUUGCCCAGAGAGGUUGUGGAUGCCCCAUCCCUGGAGGUGUUCAAGGCCAGGCUGGAUGGGACCUUGGCCAGCCUGAUCUAGUGGGUGGCAUCCCUGCCUAUGGCAGGGGAUUUGGAACUAGAUGGUCUUUGAGGUCCCUUACAACCCAAGACAUUCUGUGAUUCUAUAUCUUGUUCAGCCACAGACAGACUGCUGGUAUAAGUCCACAUGUCUGAAAGUUUGUUUUUGAUGUAAAAUAAGUGCGGCUCUCCUGACUACAGACUUCUUGAGCAGUUGGUUAUAUUCAUCACAGCUGUCCUGUUGUGGCAGGUACAGCAAACCGAGUGCCUGCUGGUGACCAAGCAGAACAACAGGUAAAUGAGGCUUAUAUUCACUCCAAAAAUAAUUUUGAAUAGUCAUAUUGAAUAUAAUAACAUUAAAUAUGCUGGACUUCAAUAUAACUGCUGCAAGAGCUGUUGCUUAGAUAGGACUGAGUGCCAGAUAAACAAAGUAAAAAAAAUGAUGAUGCCAACCUUUGGAAUGGGUCCUAGCAUGAUCGCAGGAGCUGGGUUUGACUUCCACACAAGGUAACUUCACAGAACGUGUAACACAGAGUUGGCAGCAUCAUGGAGUGAUGGGGGAAAUGGCAGCCAUGUCUCUGCUGGAGCGGGCUGUGCUUCACAAAUGUGGUAGAGUCAGAAAGUAUGAGAAUAAGGGUGAUCUGCAUAACCUGUGUGGUUUUCCAGUGUCUUCAGGAAUUUCCCUCAGUGAAGUUCCUGAGGGAAAUGGGAUGUCAUGCAGGUCCUCUCAGCACCUGCAGCUGGUUCAGAGUGCUGUUCAGUGAGUUCGAAAAAUCAUCAGCAGAAGCAUUUGAUGACCUAAAUUGCUGAGCAUCAUAUAGGACAGGGAAAUGUUGGGCUGUGCCAAGAAUUGUGGAAGGGUUCCAGGAUAUUCUGCGACUAGGUGAUACAAUGGCAGAUAGGAUUAAGUGUUGAUAAAUGUGAAAUGAGGCUCAGGGGAGAAGGGAGAAGUGAGCCUAGCACAUAAGGAUGCUUAAUGAACCCUGGAUGAGCUGCUACAACAGUUAGAGUCAUUAGAAAGAUGUGAGUCUCAGCUCACUGUUAGCUGUGGACAAAAAGAAACAGGAGAACUAAGUGUGUGGGACAAGAAUGGAAAACCUCUGUUGUGCCACACUUUGCAUGCAGAAUGUGCCUGGAUCAUAAAUACUGUAUGCCAUUUGAUUUUCAAAGAUGGUAUUGUGGGGCUACAAAGAGUCAGGAAUAGAGACUAAUAAGAAAAAAAGGAGUGAGGGUGAGUACAAGUGAGUGAGGUGGUAGAGGUUUGUAAAACUGUGGAAGCUAUGGAGAAGGUGAAUAGAAAAAUGAUUAAUCAGUAUUUUUCAGGACACAGAUGGAGGCACCCAAUGAAAUGAUCAGGCAACAGGUUUAAAACAAACAAAAGGAAGUAAUUUUUCACAGAGUACAUAAUUAUAUUUUGUACCUUGUAGCCAUGGGAUGUUGUGGAGGCCAAAAGUAUAAAUGGAUUCAAAAAAGGAUUAUAUGAAUUAAUAGAAGAUAGGUCCAUCGGUGGCUAUUAAACACAAUGGUCCGGAUGCGGCCUCUAGCUCAGGAAGUCUCUAAACAGCUAGUUGCUGGAAGCUUGGAGCAUGUACCAGGGAAGGGAUUACUCAGUCCAUGGCCAGUUGCUUAUGCUCCUUUCACCUACGCAUCCGCUGCUGGCCACUACCAGGGGCAGGAUAUUGGUGUAAGUGGACCUUUGAUCUGACCUUGCAAGAUUGUGUUCACCUUCUUCUUUGUGCUGGGAAUAGGUACAGCCAAAAACAGCUGCCUGAAACCCUUCUGCGAGGAGGUUUCAAACAUCCACGUGGACUUUCUCAGGUCUCUGGCAGUGGCCACAGACUGGCUGUCUCUGCACUGGGAGACUUAUUUGAUACCUUUCAUGGAAAGACACCAACUGAGAUUAUGUUGUCACCCUACCAAGUUGCGAUGUAACAAAUGCAAAUUAUCCAGCUAGAUUUAUAAGCUUUUA